AUGAAUCAUUUCGACAAGGAUAGGACACCGGGUAUCUUCCACCCCGACUUCUUAACCAAUUACCCGGACUGGGAACCACUCAGGGACAUUUACGAAGCCUCUGAUCGCAAGUGCAGAUUAUGGAUUGCUAAUCCAACCAUUUUCAAGCACGCUGGGGGGACACUUGACUGGGGGACAACUGCUGGACAUCUUAUUGUGCGGCAAAUCUACAAGGAGAUGCAAGUCCAUCGAACGAUGAGAACGCGACAGCAACUUCCUGAUGGCAGCAUGCACUGCCCUGCAAUCAACAUGCAGUCGUCUACAAUCGUGGUUGAGGAAACUCAACAUGAUGAGGGACAGCUUAGGGAUGACGUCGAGUCAAUUGGUCGCGCACACGCCCGCAAGCUCUACUUCAAUCCAGCCAAGUCAGCGCUUCCCGACCUUGAGAGGAUCGGUUCCUCGAAUCGUAUUGGUGAACUGCACCCAGAACAUAAGCCAAGACUCAACUUUGGCGAGCACAGGAAGGGUGUCUUGACCGCAUUCUACUACCGAAACUACAAGGUUCUCAAUCCAGAUGAGCCGAUUCUUCACGGCAGCAUCGACCAGUUUAAGGAGGCAAUCAAGGCAAUCAAGGAUCCCAACUUGAUGCGGACUACGGACGUUUUGAGGCGACACUGGAAACGGGAGGCCGUCGAGGCGGAUCCGGUGGUGCGGGACCGCCAUGAGACAGGGCAAAGGGGAGUCAGCAGACGAGCUGACGAACAGGCGCUCAGUGAGGAGUUUGUUUUUGAUAGCGACAUAGAGGACGAUGAUGGCGUCGUCACUGAAGAUGAGGAGUGUGGUAGUGAUGAUGGAACCGGGCCUUCCAAGCGCAAGGCUGAGGGUGAUGCACGGGAUGAUAAGGUCAAGAAACAGGCCAUUUAG